GGCUGGAUCUUCAGCCCUGCCUGCUGAUGAGCCAGGGUGGCAGCGUAGAUGGAGGCCGCCUGGAUGUCACCAGCCUGGAUGGCUCUGGUCAGGUCAGCACACAUCUCCUCUACAGACCAGUGGACACAAGGAAGAAACCGAGAGGCAGGGACAGUGAGCAAUUGAAAAGGGUAGAAACUACGCCUAUACACUACAGUACACAAAACCACUUAAGUAUUCUCAUGAAGCAUAAAAAUGCAACAGAAUGACGGGCAGUGCUUUUUGUUCCGUCAUUCUGUUACCAAAUGUUGCAUCUGGACUGUUCUUGAAGUAAAUCUGUUUUUGUACAAUUUUCAGUUGAAAUUAUUAAAAGUUGUCCUUGUGCAUAGAGUUGUAUGGUUUGUCUAACUUUGCAAUCAUUGGUUUUUGUUUGGCAUACAUUUUAAAGUGAAACAUUAGAGUCUCAUCUUAAUUCUGUUAACGUGGAAUUGCCCAUAAUGCAACCAUAUUGUAUAGGGCUACCUGUGCGUGGUAAGGCACUGGAGAUGGGCAUCUCAAAGGCCUCUAGAGGCAGCUGUCUGUCAUCGGUGGGAGGGCUGUCUGCCACUGAGGGGUCAGGAGAGGAGGAGAUAGAGGACUCUGGUUAUUAGAGCACAGGAAGAGAAUUCAGUGGACAAACAGGUCAGAGAGAAUAGAGAUCGGUGGCGACUGACCCCUUUGUGCCUCUCUGAGUGAUGACAUCACCACGGUGGCCCACUCCUGAGCCUCCUGCUGGCAGUGGAAGUUGAAGCUGAUGUGGUCAUGAGGGGGCAUGGCCAAACUCAGCUCGUGGCAUUUUGCCGACUUCACCUCAUAGCGUAGCAACCUCAGGUCAAACUCUGCAAUGGACUGGAAGACAUGAAGGGGGAGAGAGAAGAAGAGUGAUGCUCAUUUUAUCACACACUGAAAUAGGCCACUACCACUGUUUAUUCUCUGGUAGUAUAAUGACUGUAGUUCUAGUACUGAUGUCAUGUUGUUGCUCUAUUUUGGAAGAGAUCGAUUGGACAGCACAGCAGCAAGGUACAGCCUAUAAACCUUGUGGGAAUGUUUGAUGACAAGAAUGUAGUUCAACUAUUUGUUGAACUAUAAAUGAUCUGUUUCAAAUUGCUCUCUGACAGUUCAAUGAAUGCCUGUCAAAAGUAACCAUGAGACCAGACCAGGGGUAAUGUAAUAGUGUAGUGACAAAACCCUCUGUACAUCCAUGCCUGCCUGCUUCGUAAUAAAUAAACAUCACGAUCUCUUACCACACUCCGACCCGUUGUUCUGCUAGUGUCCCGUAGCAUGAGACGGUAUUCCCCGGACUUCCAGGGGUCCAUACAGAGCUGGAGACGGAGUGACUCAUCACCUGCCCCUGGAAGACACACCGGCCGAAUAUCAGAAUAGCAAACUGAUACCCGUACAGACAUCAAGACGGUAUGGCAGCCAGUUUGUGAGGCCCCAUAGCCUGGGAUAGAUGAGGACGGGACCGGCGAAGGGGUGUGAGUAGUCCACCCGCCUGAGCUCAGCGACAUUCCACCGACAGCCUCAUGCGGUGUUUGGAGACGUCAAGAAACUGUUCCCGGAGUGUUUACCACCACCCCAGUAUUGCCAGCAGCGAUUGUUGUUAGUAUUCCCAUAAAAAUAUAAGUUUAAUCGUAGUCCCUUAAUUUACCAAGCUCACAACAAUAGGGAAUGAGGAACGACCAGGAAGCAAGUUCUCUCUCUGUGGCACUGUUUGACCACAGACAGAACAAUGAGGCAGAUAUUUUACCGGAUGUAUAAAUGUGAAGCAUCCGAUUUGCGUUUCCACUCACUACCAAAUACGGUGAUGAGAGGAAUUCCAGUGGCCGGCAGUGGGAGACGAUGAAGCGAGAUGGAUUUUUGCCGACGUUCUGCAAAUUUACUCAUCGAUUAAACAUUUCAUCUCCAUACAGUUGUCGGUUUCCAGAACUAGAAUCUGUAACAAACAUAGUGGACUGCGUUGUGUAGACUUUGCCAAAGUAAAAACAAAUAAGCAUUGCAACGUGUAGCUCAGUUGGUAGAGCAUGGCGCUUGCAACGCCAGGGUUGUGGGUUCGAUUCCCACGGGGGGCCAGUAUGAAAACAUUUAUGCACUCACUAACUGUAAGUCGCUCUGGAUAAGAGCGUCUGCUAAAUGACUAAAAUGUAAAUGUAAGGAGUGCAAGGGCGAAUUGAGUUACUGCACACGCGCACUUCAGAGUAGGCGUUCCCUUGAGGAAAUAUGCAAAUAAAUGCUAGAACGCGCCAAUAGGAUCUCACUAGCUCGUCCUUGGCUCUGCCCACCUCCUUGCUUGUUCUGCUCACUAUGAUUAAUUUGCUUCCAUUGGAAACGACAGGCUAUGGUCUAACUUGGGUUAGUUAUAAACAUUUGGCUGUCAAUUAAAUUUUAAUGGCUUUAUUGGCAUGGGAAACAUAUGUUAACAUUGCCAAAGCAAGUGAAGAAGAUAGUAAACAAAAGUGAAAAAACUAUAAAUAUUAACAGUAAACAUCACAUUUAGAAGUUCCAAUAGAAUAAAGACAUUUCAAAUGUAAUAUUAAUUAUAUAUACAGUGUUGUAACAAUGUGCAAAUAGUAUAAAGUACAAAUGGGAAAAUAAAUAAACAUAAAUAUGGGUUGUAUUUACAAUGGUGUUUGUUCUUCACUGGUUGCCCUUUUCUUGUGGCAACCGGUCACAAAUCUUGCUGCUGUGAUGGCACACUGUGGCAUUUCACCCAGUAGAUAAGGGAGUUUAUCAAAAUUGGGUUUGUUUUCAAAUUAUUUGUGGAUCUGUGUAAUCUGAGGGAAAUAUGUGUCUCUAAUAUGGUCAUACAUUUGGCAAGAGGUUAUGAAGUGCAGCUCAGUUUCCACCUCAUUUUGUGGGCAGUGUGCACAUGGCCACAUAGGAUUACUGUUAUACUAUUCCAGGUAUUCCGUAAGAGGUAGGGUUUCAAGUGUCUCCGGAAGGUGGCCAUUGACUCCGCUAUCCUGGCGUCGUGGGUGACCUCACAACCAUAAAGGGCAAUGGAUUCUAUAACUGAUUAAAGUAUUUUUAGCCAGAUCCUAAUUGGUAUGUCGAAUUUUAUGUUCCUUUUGAUGGCAUAGAAGGCCCUUCUUGCCUUGUCUCUCAGAUCGUUCACAGCUUUGUGGAAGUUACCUGUGGCGCUGAUGUUUAGGCCAAGGUAUGUAUAGUUUUUUGUGUGCUCUAGGGCAACGGUGUCUAUAUGGAAUUUGUAUUUGUGGUCCUGGCAACUGGACCUUUUUUGGAACACCAUUAUUUUUGUCUUACUGAGAUUUACUGUCAGGGCCCAGGUCUGACAGAAUCUGUGCAGAAGAUCUAGGUGCUGCUGUAGGCCCUCCUUGGUUGGUGACAGAAGCACCAGAUCAUCAGCAAACAGUAGACAUUUGACUUCAGAUUCUAUUAGGGUGAGGCUGGGUGCUGCAGACUGUUCUAGUGCCCUCGCCAAUUCAUUGAUAUAUACUGUAUGUUGAAGAGGGUGGGGCUUAAACUGCAUCCCUGUCUCACCCCACGGCCCUGUGGAAAGAAAUGUGUGUGUUUUUUGCCAAUUUUAACCACACACUUGUUGUUUGUGUACAUGGAUUUUAUAACAUUGUAUGUUUUUCCCUCAACACCACUUUCCAUCAAUUUGUAUAGCAGACCCUCAUGCCAAAUUGAGUCAAAAGCUCUCUCGCUCUCUCUCAUGCUGCCAAUCAUUGCGCCCCCCUAUGUUGUAACAAUGUACUACACAACAUGACAUUUCUGCAUCUUGACUGCAGGUCGAAAACAUUUUCAAUUUCCAAAAUUUCUCAAAAUCAGGUUCAGGAAUUUAUAUGUGAGGUACUCCUAUUCUAAACUUAACAAAUAUUUGGUAAACUUGCAACUGCAAAUUGUAUUAGAGUCAAUGUUAUAUGGUUAACUGACUUUUAGAAAGACAUUAGCAGAGAGCGUGCAAAUGCAGUAUAGUGCAUUGUAUGUUCAAUAAUUUGAAAUUCAGUACAUGUCAUGUGAGUCAUUUGUCAUGCUAUACGCUCAAUCAAUCAAAGGAGUGUUUCUAUUCUGUGUAUUCUGUACAAACUCAUAACGGUAGUUGUCUAUGCCAAUAUUGAACCAUUGGAAUCAGAGGACAGAGAAGUGAAAUUAGUCACAUUCUCUCUCUCUCUCUCUCUCUCUCUCUCUCUCUCUCUCUCUCUCUCUCUCUCUCUCUCUCUCUCUCUCUCUCUCUCUCUCUCUCUCUCUCUCUCUCUCUCUCUCUCUCUCUCUCUCUCUCUCUCUCUCUCUCAUUUCUCUCUCUGUUUCUCACACUCACUAUCUUUCUCACACACACUCACACACAACGCACACACACACACUGAAAUUGGGGAAGUCUGGCAUGCUUUGGUUACUUCCUGUUGCUUUGCGGAGAGCAGUCACCCAGUGAGAGCCUGGUCCUGAGUCCUGACAAGAUCCAAAGAGUGUAUGGAAGGAACUAUGCCUCACCAAGCUCUGCUCUUGGUUCUAGCUAUCCUGCUGGCCAACUGGCCCCAGAGGGGGUUAGUUCAGGAGGUCCAAUGGCCUGUCCACACUAUUUGCAACACGGACAAACUGCAGAUAUUCUAUCGCAGCUGUGGUGAGUAAAAAAAAAAAAGCAUUCCUUUUGAUUUGCAAAGCAGGGUACAACUCAGUAUGUGAUAAUACGACAGUACAAAAACCAGUGGUGGAAAAAGUACCCAAUUGUCAUACUUGAGUAAAAGUGAAGAUACCUUAAUAGAAAAGGUGAAAGUCACCCAGUAAAAUUCUACUUGAGUAAAAGUCUAAAAGUAUUUGGUUCUAAAUAUACUUAUGUAUCAAAUUCCUUAUAUUAAGCAAACCAAAUGGCACCAUUUUCUUGUUUUUUAAAUUUACGGACAGCCAGCGACACACUCCAACACUCAGACAUCAUUUACAAACGAAGCAUGUGUGUUUAGUGAGUCCGCCAGAUCAGAGGCAGUAGGGAUGACCAGGGAUGUCACUUUACCUCUACCCACAUGUACAUAUUACCUCAAUUACAUUGACUCUGUACCGGUACCCCCUUUAUAUAGCCUCGCUACUGAUGUUUUACUGCUGCUCUUUAAUUAUUUGUUAUUUUUCUAUUUUUCUUCAAUUUUUUCUUUUUUACAAUUUUUUUACUUAACACUUAUUUUUCUUAAAACGGCAUUGUUGGUUAAGGGCUUGUAAGUAAGCAUUUCACUGUGAGGUCUAAACCUGUUGUAUUCGGCACAUGUGACAAAUACAAUUUGAUUUGAUUUGAUUUGCUAAGUGCGUGAUUUGACAUUUUCCUGUCCUGCUAAGCAUUCAAAAUGUAACCAGUACUUUUAGGUGUCAGGUGAAAUGUAUGGAAGAAAAAGUACAUCAUUUUCUUUAUGUAUGUAGUGAAGUAAAAGUAAAAGUAGUCAAAAAUAGAAAUAGUAAAGUAAAGUAAAGUACAGAUACCCAAAAACACUACUUACGUAGUACUUUAAAGUAUUUUUACUUACAGUUUUUCUCAAUUGCUAAAACACAAUUUCUGAAACCUUGCUCCAUUUUCUGAAAACAUUAAACACAAAACCUCAUCUUCAAGCACUAUUUACAAAACCUCUGACUCCUCUCGCAAAAUGAAACAUUCGCCUCAAAACAGUUUUACCUGUGUUCAAAAUCAAACACUGCUCUCAAAUCAUAAACAAAGUGAUCAAAAUGAUAUACACUCUUAAGCAGUCAGUAAACAAUACACCGAAAAAUAGAAAACACAUUUUUCAAAACAUACAGUUCUCAGGGAGAAUUUUCUUUUGAUGAACGAAAACAUGUUCCAUCAUAGUAGCUCAAAAUUGAUCAGAAAUUACUACUCUGCUUUGCUCUUUGCAAUUUUGUUUUUUGUUCUUCCUCCUCAUUGUACACCUAUUUUUACAGUACUGUACUCUGCAUCUCACAAACUUGUCCUUUGUCUCUGUGAUACUGUAAUUCUUGUUCUUUGUUGAUAUGAACCUGCAACCAGUCAAAAUCUAUUGAGCAGUCAGUACUGUUAUCAAAUGGAAAGCACAAUGUUCAGGGCCAUACAAUUUGUCCAUUGUACAGUAUACAGCCUACAAUGCACUGUACUACAGUAUACAAUACUAAAAGGGACAAAAAUCAAAGGAGUAAACAUGUGAUCAAUGUGCUUCUUCUUGUCUUUGGGCUGGGUCAGGCCAGAGCACUUUGUCGACAUCACAAGCAAUAUUGUCCCUCCUGAGGCAAUGGGGAAAGAAGCCUCUAGUGUGCCGUAUCCAGCCCUGACAUGAUUCCUCACCUAUAUCACCACAGGCUAAAUCCAUGGCUUGCAGCAGACUUACUCUAGUGUAGGGUUGUCUAUCAUAUACUUUCCAUCUCCUCAAUCGGAUUCAGGAAAGGCGAGUAUGGAGGGAGGUACAAGUUCAUAAACUGCCCAUUGAUGUUAAACCAUUCCCUUACCUGAGCAGCUCGGUGGAAACUGACAUUGUCCCACACUGUCACAUAGGUGGGAAUGGGAUUCUCAUUUAGCUCUUGACCCUGCUGCUCUUGAACCUGCUGCUCAAAUAAAAUACAUCUUAGAAGGUGUUGGGUGUUAUAUGGCCCGAGUGUAACAUGGUGAUGUAGAACACCAUGGUUGCUGAUAGCAGCACAGAUUGUGACAUUGCCACCUCGUUGACCAGGCAGGGACUUCAACAAUGGCCUUCUGUCCAAUCAUGUUUCGGCCUCUCCUUCUCCUCUUUGUUAGAUUGAAGCCUGCUUCAUCGACAAAGAUGAACUCAUGGGGUCUGUCCAAGGAUUCCAAGUCAAAUAUUGUCUGUGUAGAAAAACAAUAUACUGUAUGUAGGAUUUUGUAAGUCGUACAGAGACAGUGCUAUACUGUAGAGUACAAUUAGGCCUACUGUAUGCACUUCUGAUUCACAUACAUUGAUUGUAUGUACUGAAGAGUAAUGUAAUUCACAUAGUAUGUGUUAGUACUGUAGACAAUCUGGAUUACAGUAAAUGUUUCUGAAUGUACACUUACUUGCACACACUGAGCUCGCAGUUCUUUCACCCUUGGUGAGUUGCGCUCAAAAGGUACUCUGUAUACUUGUUUCAUUCGCAUCCUGUUACGAUGGAGGACACGGUCAAUUGUGGAAAUGCUCACACUGUUGAUUCCCUUGAAGUCGUAUUGCCUCUUGCUCCCGAGUGAAUAUAGCUGUCCUUCCACCUGUAUGUGACAGCCUUGCAAUUCUACAAAAAGUAGUUGUGCAGUUACAAAACAUAUUCAUGCAGUACAAUACAUACAGUGAUUAACUUUACAAAUGUCUAUUGAAACAGCUGCAUAUAGUGUAGUACAGUAAAUUUGCAAUUACAAAAAUACAGUAGUAUACUGUACCUGUUCUCUUCUCUGAAUGUCCUUACUAUGGUGGACACAGAAAAUCGGCUCAAAUUGGGUUGCACAUUACAGUUUUUCUCGAUUGUUUACACAUUUUCUGAAAGCAUGCCUCAUAUUCUCAGAACUCCACACACAAAUAAAAAAACACACACACAAUGGGCAAAACCCCUCAAUUCUCCAGCAAAAUGAAACUUUACAUUCAAAACAAUGUUAUUUCUUAUCAAAAUGGAAUUUUGUUUUCAAAUGACACACACAAACCAUCAUAUGAAUAGACAUUUAUAAGAACCAGUUGAACACUGAUGUGCUCAAUGUAAAACACUAUGAUGAAUGGAAACACUUCUUUUCCAUUCAUCAUAAUGACUUAGGCCUUUUUUUGGUUCAGUGUUGCCAUUACUACAGACAGUACAUACAUAAGUGUGUUGUAAAAUAUUUGAGAAAAUUGUUUUUAUACUCAGAACACACAAAUACACGGAAACAAAUAUAUUUCAUUUUUUCCACAAAAACAAUGUACACAGUGUACAUCCCAUUCCCAACCAACACAAAGUUGCACAUACAGUGGUCUACAUACAAAACAGAAUAAUUUAAUGUAUAUAGUUACAGUAAAAAAAAAAUGAAAAAAUGAAAAAUGAAAAAAAUGCUGCAUCCUCUCUUCUGUUGCGGUCUGGCCACAGCACCUCAUCCACAUCACAAGCAAUGUUUUCCCUGGCCAAGCAGCGGGGGAAAUAUCGCCUAGCAUGGCGAUUCCAGCCAUGAAAAGCAUCAGCUGCUAUAUCUCCACAUGCGUCUUCCAUAGCUUGGAGAAGAGGUAUACGCGUUUGUGGAUUUCGGUCAUACACUUUCCAUCUCCAGGCAGAAAAAAAUCCUCAAUAGGAUUGAGGAAUGGAGAAUAUGGAGGGAGAUAAACAACUAAAAAGCGUGGGUGGGCAGUGAACCAGUUACGAACCAGAGCAGCCCUGUGGAAACUUACGUUGUCCCAAAUGACAACGUACCUGAGCUGCUCUGGGCCAUCUACCUGAUCUGGUGGAAUGAGUGUUGUGUAGGGUGUCCAAGAAUGUGAUCAGAUGGGCGGUGUUGUAGGGGCCAAGGGUAGCAUGGUGAUGGAUGACGCCGUGGUGGGUAAUCGCUGCAUACAUUGUGAUGUUCCCUCCGCCCUGGCCAGGGACUUGAACAAUGGCACGCUGGCCGAUGAUAUUCCUUCCCCUCUUUCGUCUUUUUGUGAGGUUGAAUCCAACCUCAUCAAUGAAGAUGAACUGGUGCUCCACUGCAGCCACCUCUAGCUCAAGGACUCUCUGAAACACACAUGACAAUAUCAGAAAUAGACAUGGAGUGGUCACUAUUGUGAAGCACAAUCAUUAUGAUUACAAUACUGAAAUAUGUAUAAUUUAUACAGUGUUGAGAGUAUGCUUCAAUUGUGGGAUUGUAUAGGACUCACUUGCAUAUAGUUAUAUCGCAAUUCUUUGACUCUUUCUGAAUUGCGUUCAAAUGGCACCCUGUAGACCUGCUUCAUCCUGAGAUUAUUUCUGCGCAAGACACUGUCCAGUGUUGAUAAGCUUACCCUAUCAAUAUUUUGAAAUAUCUCAUUGUUUUCUAUUAUUUUUCUUUGUAUUUGCCGUAAUGUUAUGGCGUUAUUUUCUAGGACCAUGUUCAUGAUUUCAGUUCUGUUCAGGAGACAGAAAACGUUCCCGACCACCUUGUGUUGGUAAUCUUUCAGUUCUGCCAAACAAAUAGUAAAAUGCUGUAAAUACAAAGUAGAAAUACAUUUCCCAAAUACUUGAAACAUACUUUAUUUUUACAGUCCUACAGAACAGUCCACAGGCAAUACUGCACUACUGUACUCAUUGAGUACUGUAUUGAUAUGCAGUACUGCAAUUUUCUAGUGAAAGUAGAUUUCUUACCUAUUCUCAUUUCGGAAUGUCCGGAUGAUGGAUGCUACAGUGUACCUGCUCAAAUUUGGCUGUACUCUUUGCCUCCCUCCCUCCAUUGUUAGACCAUGGUUGACCACAUGAUCAACCAAAGUGGCUCGGAUCUCAACAGAGAUUACGGUCCUUGGCCUUCCUCGUCCUCGUCCUCGUCCUUGUCCUCCCCGUCCCUCCUCCUCUUACUCUCACUCCUCUGGCUCUGCCUCUGUUUCCAAUGUUGGCAUCCAUUGCUCCAAAACAGAAGAGCUCACCUGUUGCCCUUUUAUGCUAAAGCUCUGAUUGCUAAUUGUAAAACUGUGUGACGGGUGUUUGCCCAUGUGAUGAGUCAGUGUGCAUAUUUGAAUGGCAGUGUGUUCAUUGUGAAAACAAGAGAUUUUCUGCAUGAAAAUUGUGCCAAAUGCAAAGAUUUGUGUGUAGUGUUUUGAAAAAAGUGUGUUGUAGAACUGCAAUUUGAGUGUAAAGCAGGAAUUGUGCUUGUAGUUUAGCAGAAUUGGUUCAGGGGGUUGGUGCAUGAGUUACAUGUUGUGGUCAUUGUGUCUCAAGUACCAGUAUUUGUGUGUAAACAAUUGAGAAACACUGUAAGUCCUGCUUCCCUCAUUGUCAGUUCAUGGACAAGAACAUGGUCUAUGACUGUUGCUCGAAUUUCAUCAGAUAUUUCCACUCUUUGUCCUCUUCCUCUUCGUCCUCCUCUUCCUCUUUCUUGCCCUCCUCCUCCUCUUCCUCCUCGUCGCCCACCUCGCAUACGCACUCGUCCUCUCACAUUGUUUCUUCUUUCCAUUCUCAGACUUUCUCCUUCCCACCUUCAACAACCUGUUUGCUCUCUGAACUGGCUUAUAUUGGUUGUGUCGCAUCAUUUGAAACAGGUUAAAUCAAUUUUGAGUGGUUGUGUUCAAUCAAUGACAUGUGUUCUCUAUUUGUAUUUGACUGUUGCCACUUGUGUUUACCAGUAUGGAUGACAUGUGCAUUAGAGUGCAGAAUGUGUUUUGAGAAUGAGAAUGUGUUUAGAGUUUUGCUGAAAAGUCUAAGUGAGAUCUGCAAAUUGUGUUUUACCAUGUGAAAUGGUUUAAGGUAUUGACAACAGACUGCAUAAUUAGCUAAAUGAGUCCAGGCAACUGAGAACUUUGUUCAGCCAAUGGGUUUUAGUGUUUAAGCAAUUGAGAAAAACUGUAAGUACUUUACACCACUGACAAAUACAAACUGGACUACAGGCAUUGAGAGUAGCAACCCACUGGGCACAGACGUCAAUUCAACGUCUAUUUCACAUUGAAAACAACACUGAUUCAACCAGUUUGUGCCCAGUGGGAAGGAAGCAAACAUUACAGUGAUGAGGCAAAAAAUGAGUUAAUGUUAGCUACUACUGCCUACCAAGAAUGUAUUAUUGAACUGUUUUGAUUCCUUGACACCCCUUGACUUUUCCCCACAUUUUGUUGUGUUACAGUCUGCAUUUAAAAUGGAUUAAAUUGAGAUUUUUUGUGGCCUACACACAAUACCACAUAAUGUCGAAGUGGAAUUAUGUUUUUUUCGAAAUGUUUCUAAAUGAAUUAAAAAUGAAAAGCUGAAAUGUCUUGAGUCAAUAAUUAUUCAACCCCUUUGUAAUGGCAAGCCUAAAUAAGUUCAGGAGUAAAAAUGUGCUUAACAAGUCACAUAAUAAGUUGCAUGGACUCACUCUGCAUGGUUACACAGUUUAAUGGCUGUGAUAGGAUAAAACUGAGGAUGGAUCAACAUUAUUGUAGUUACUCCACAAUACUAACCUAAUUGACAGAAUGAAAAGAAGGAAGCCUGUACAGAAAAAAAAUAUUCCAAAACAUGCAUCCUGUUUGCAACAAGGUACUAAAGUAAUACUGCAAAAACACUUUUUGGUAUGCUUGUAAUCGAUAAGGAAUGGGGAGUUUUUCAGGACAAAAAAGAAACGGAAUGGAGCUAAGCACAGGCAAAGUCCAAGAGGAAAACCUGGUUCAGGCUGCUUUCCACCAAACACUGGGUGAUUAAUUCACCUUUCAGCAGGACAAUAACCUAAAACACAAAGCCAAAUGUACACUGGAGUUGCUUACCAAGAAGACAGUGGCCAAGUUACAGUUUUGACUUAACUAAAUCAACAACCAAUUUGACAGAGCUAGAAGAAUUUUGAAAAUAAUAAUGGGCAAAUGUUGCACAUCCAGGUGUGGACAGGUCUUAGAGACAUACCCAGAAAGAAUCACAGCGGUAAUCGCUGCCAAAGGUGAUUCUAACAUGUAUUGACUCAGGGGGUUGAAUAGUUAUCUAUGUUUUAUUUUUCAUAAAUGUUUACAAAUGUUAGAAUUUUUCUUCCACUUUGAAAUUAGAUUAGUUUGUGUAGAUUGUUGACAAAAAAAAGACAAUUCAAUUAAUUUUUAUCCCACUUUGUAACACAACAACAUUUUGAAAAAGUCAAGGGGUGUGAAUACAUUCUGAAGGCACUGUAUUUUUAACCAAAGUGCUGUAAUGUGAUAGUCAUGUCAGUCUAAUUUUAUGGGUUCAUUAAUUUCUUCUUCUCAUCAGAAAAUGAAAAAAUUGUCAAAGGUUGCUCUAAUGUUUCUGUUUUGUUUUUUUCCAGACCCUUUACAGGACAUUGGGAUCAGUGUUAACCCCUGCCUUCCCAUGUCACCAUCCUACAAGGGCAAUUUGAGAGUGUCAUUUCUGCUUAGUGAGUUCAAUAUUUCCCCAACCUUCCCUUCCCUUCCAAACAAAGCCACUGGUGUUAUAGCUCCCUUACCCCGACCCUAACAUUGACCCUAACUUAAUGGUACACAUCAAUAUGAAAUGUAGAGAUUGAAUGAAUAAAACUGGCAUCAUAGUUCCCUCUCUCACUGUAAUAGAUGAGGUUGAAACACUCAACUCGUCAACAAACAGCACUUACCGCCCUGGUAUGAGUGUAUGUUUUGGAACAUAUUGCCCUGAAGAUUACUGUAGGAAAUUAAUCAAUUCAACUGCAUCCACCCAUAGGGAAAAGACGCCAGAUCAUCAUCAUUCAAUUUAGGUUAGUAAAUGGUAUAUAAUUGCGUUGUCUGCAUAUACACUUGGAAUAAGCCAACCCUUGAAUUCCUAUUGUUGAUUUACGGCGGAAGUCAAGGUAAAUUAAUGACUUUUGGCAAAUUCACCCCACCAGCUACAUUGAUGCUAUGUGAAAGCUACAAUGAUCCUAAAUUUAAACUAGGUUGAGUCACACAACGUUUCCCCAGCAGGAAGUGAGUGUUUGCCCUCUCUGUGUAUCCCUCUCCCACAGGGCAGUCAAUUGAGGAGCUAUACCUGUCUGCUAAUCUGCUCACAGGACGGGUGGCCACGUUGUCCCAUGACGAGCCCCGGUUCCUGCCCGAUUUCCCCCGCUUUUCCUUCUGCUUCUGGAAGAAAGGAGGUAUGUGUGGCGCUAAUAGCAGAUCAGGGCUAGAAUUCAAUCAAACCCAGUGCUCACUUUGUUUAAAAAUGUCACUGCAUGGUAGUACUGUAGUUGUAGGUUUUAUAUAGUACCCAAGCCCAGUUUGUGAGUUUAUUUGACCAUGGGGGAAAAAACGAUGUUGUAAAUAUAGAAAUGCAGGUUUGAUUGAAUUGAGCCAGAUGUCAAGAAAAACACAACUUAAAAAGUACAUCUUAAGUCUUUCUCUUGCAUUAAAUGCACAUUGCGUAAGAGUAGAGGGGGGAAGUGCAUUCAGAAAGUAUUCACACCCCUUGACUUAUUCCACAUGUUCUUGUGUUGUUGGAUUUGCCCCAAACAUAACACUUUGUAUUCAGGACAAAAAGUUAAUUGCUUUGCCACAUUUUUUUGCAGUAUUACUUUAGUGCCUUGUUGCAAACAAGAUGCAUGUUUUGGAAUGUUUUUAUUCUGUACAGGCUUCCUUCUUUUCAUUCUGUCAAUUAGGUUAGUAUUGUGCAGUAACUACAAUAUUGUUGAUCCAUCCUCAGUUUUCUCAUAUCACAGCCAUUAAACUCUGUAACUGUUUUAAAGUCAUCAUUGGCCUCGGUGUGACAUUUCCUGAGCGGUUUCCUUCCUCUCUGGCAACUGAGUUAGGAAGGAAGCCUGUAUUUUUGUGAUGACUGGGUAUAUUGAUACACCAUCCAAAGUGUAAUGAAUAACUUCACCAUGCUCAACGGGAUAUUCAAUGUCUUAUUUUUACAUGUUUAUCCAUCUACCAAUACGUGCCCUUCUUUGCGAGGCAUUGGAAAACAUCCCUGGUCUUUGUGGUUGAAUCUGUGUUUUAAAUUAAUUGCUCGACUGAGGGACCUUACAGAUUAUUGUAUGUGUUGGGUACAGAGAUGAGGUAGUCAUUCAAAAAUCGUGUGAAACACUAUUAUUGCACAGAGUGAGUCCAUGCAACUUAUUGUGUCACUUGUUAAGCAAAUGUUUACUCCUGAACUUAUUUAUGCUUGCCAUAACAAAGGGGUUGAAUACUUAUUGACUCAAGACAUUUCAGCUUUUCAUUAUUCAUAAUUUGUAAAAUGUCUAAAAUGUCUAAAAACAUAAUUCUACUUUUACAUUAUGGGGUAUUGUGUGUAGGCCAGUGACAAAAACAUAUCAAUUUUAUCAAUUUUAAAUUUAGGCUGUAACACAACAAAAUGUGGAAAAAGUCAAGGGGUCUGAAUACUUUCUGAAGGGUCUGUAUGUGUAGGUUAUGUUUUGUUGAUCCACAUACACAUUUGUUAGAGGGCCUAUAGGCCCUAUGCCGAAAUGUAAGCUAUGCUGUUGAAAACAUUGACAGCAUAGAUAGACGGGACGCAUUAGUGGGACACAUUAGCAGGAUGCAGUAGCAGGUUGCACUGUAGCACAAUGGUGUGCAAAAAUGAAUGUUAAAUUGAAUAGAUUCAUGAUUAAUAUAAAAGUUUGGUUCACUUGGAUGUGUUUCUUAAACUUAAAAAUUGGGUGUGUUUAUUUGCAGAAUUUAUUGAUUAUGAAAAAACAGUGAAGUUGAAGAAUCUGGACUACCUACCACUGGUAAGCUUGUGUGCAAUUGUUAUUUGAUAUUGUGUGCAUCUGAUAUUGUGAAGUGUAUAUUUGGACUCAUUCUGGUGAAGUUUUUAUUAUGAACUUCUUCUGCUCAACAUGAUGUGCAUGUUGUUGUGGUGAACCAAAAUGGUUACCACAUUGUCUGCUUCAAUGUCACUUUCAUAAGAAGAUAGGGGAGACAAAGGUUUAAUGUGAAUUAUAUUACAUAAGGGAUGAGAGGAGAAGAAUAAAUCAAUUUGGCCAUAUUUGGUCAAGAGUUUUUGGAUAGUGUGGUGAAUGUUACUGACAUAACUCACAAUGUACUCAGAUAUUAGCUGUGUUUGCAAUACUUUAAAUUGAACAUAUAUAAUUAUUGGACACAGAUUAAGCCUAGUACUAGAUUUAAAACUACUUUGAAUGAAGAAUCUCUCUUGAACAUGCUUAUUCUUAGUCUAGAACUAGGCUUAAUCUGUGUCCGGGGAACCGGCCCAUGUACAAGACGAACCACUUGAUUCAAACUGACCUGCAUCAUCAUUUAAAUUACAUUAAUUAGAAAUCCAUGUUUUGUGAAAGUGCAUAAUGUCAGUCCAAAUACAGUUUGUUCAAGUAUACAUUCUGUAAAUGAGUUCUUUGCUAUUUGCUCUGCAGGUUCUC